UUAUUUCUCCUUGAAACUAGAAGAACAAAACCUAACAAGAUGUCUGGACGUGGAAAGACCGGCGGCAAAGCCAGAGCUAAGGCCAAGACCCGAUCAUCCCGUGCGGGGCUCCAGUUCCCAGUGGGCCGUGUUCACAGGCUGCUGAGGAAAGGAAACUACGCCGAGCGCGUCGGCGCCGGAGCUCCAGUCUAUCUGGCGGCGGUGCUCGAGUACCUGACCGCUGAGAUCCUGGAGCUGGCUGGAAACGCUGCCCGCGAUAACAAGAAGACCAGGAUCAUCCCCCGUCACCUGCAGCUGGCCGUCCGCAACGACGAGGAGCUCAACAAGCUGCUGGGUGGAGUCACCAUCGCUCAGGGUGGUGUUCUCCCCAACAUCCAGGCUGUCCUGCUGCCCAAGAAAACCGAGAAAGCAGCUAAGGCCAAGUAAACCGUCACAGCUUCAAAACUACAAACCCAACGGCUCUUUUAAGAGCCACCCACAUCUAUCUCAAAAGCAAGCUCCUCACUUGUAUCUACAGGCCAUAACAUAUGCAUAUGAUUUAUGCUACAAAAUUACAAAUUGUUUGUUUUCGCCAACAUUAGAAGGAUGCUAUGAAGUUUUUCUUCUUCUUUUUGGUAGUGAGACAUG